GGCAUCUGAAGGGUUUGAAUCGGCUCCGCUAGCAAUCUAACCAUGGAGGAGAAGACUGAUAAAGAACUCGCCCUCGACGCCGCACUCAUCGAGUCCUUGGCGGUACACAAGGAGCCUGGCGACAGGAGAAGACUGUCAUGGUACUAUGCCCCCUCCUUUCUGCUCCUUUGGCUGGCACUCUUCUAUGCCAUCGUGAUUCCGCUUUACAACAAACUGCCGGAGAGGGUGACCAUCUCGGAGGAGUCCUUGCGUCCCGGAGAAUUCGUGGCGGAACGGGCCCAAAGUCAGCUCUACGUCUACGAUAGGAUAGGACCCAAAGUUACAGGAAGUUAUGCGAAUGAAGUGACUACGGUUCAGUUUCUCCUUAAUGAAACAGAGAAGAUCCGUUCCCAGAUGCGCAGUGAUCUAUACAGCCUCGAGGUGGACGUGCAGUCACCCACUGGGGGCUACGUGUUCAUCGACAUGGUCAACAUGUACCAAGGAAUUCACAAUGUGAUUGUAAAGCUGAGUUCAAAGAGUUCCAAGAGCGAAUCCUACCUUCUGCUCAACAGUCACUUCGACUCCAAACCAAGCAGUCCAGGUUCCGGUGAUGAUGGUACCAUGGUUGUGGUCAUGUUGGAAGUUCUCCGCCAAAUGGCCAUAUCGGAGACACCAUUCGAACAUCCCCUUGUCUUUCUGUUCAACGGGGCCGAGGAGAAUCCCCUCCAGGGCUCUCAUGGUUUCAUUACGCAACACGAGUGGGCAAGAAAUUGCAAAGCCUUUAUCAACCUAGAAGUGGGCGGAAGUGGGGGGCGGGACCUAUUGUUCCAAAGUGGUCCGAAUAAUCCCUGGUUGAUGAAGUACUAUAGGCAACAUGCGAAGCACCCGUUUGCCACCACCAUGGCCGAGGAGAUCUUUCAGAGCGGAAUUUUACCAUCUGACUCAGACUUUCGUAAUUUCCGGGACUUCGGGAAUAUACCCGGGCUGGACAUUGCCCAGGUUAGCAACGGAUAUGUGUACCACACGGUGUUCGAUACCUUCGAGGCAGUGCCUGGACGAUCCAUACAGAAUUCCGGAAAUAACGUCCUCGCAAUGGUUCGGGCCUAUGCGAAUGCUUCUGAAUUGAAUGAAGAAAAGGGUGAUGAUGGCCAUGCUGUCUUUUUCGAUUUCCUGGGUCUUUUCUUUGUGUAUUACACGGAGACCACCGGUAUUGUCCUGAACUGUCUCAUUGGAGUAAUCAGCCUGGUGCUGGUGGGCUGUUCCCUGUGGCGAAUGUCACGGCAGUCGGAGAAGGUAACGCUGUCUCAGAUCUCGAUUUGGUUCCUCAUCAUUCUGGGCCUGCACGUGGUUGGAUUUUUGCUGUGCCUUGGCCUGCCUCUCCUCAUGGCAGUGUUGUUUGAUGCAGGGGAUCGCUCAAUGACCUACUUUACCAGCAACUGGCUGGUGUUUGGACUCUACAUAUGUCCCGCCGUCAUCGGCCUGGUACUUCCCUUGACGCUCUACUAUACCCUGAAGCCCAAUGAUAAACUGAGUCAUCCUUAUCACCUUCAGCUGAGCUUGCAUGCCCAUUUGGUGGUGCAGGCCCUGCUCGCUCUCAUCCUUACCGCCAUGGGUCUCCGCUCGCAGUACCUGUGCCUAAUUUCCAUGAUCUUCUAUGCAGGUGCCCUCCUGAUUAACCUUGUGAGCACGUUGCACGAUCGUGGCUACUAUUGGGCACUGAUAGUGAUGUGCCUCCAAGUGCUUCCGUUUUGCUAUUUCUGCUACCUUUUCUACAUGUUCCUCACGAUAUUCUUUCCGGUCCUGGGCAGAAAUGGUUACAACACAAAUCCCGAUCUUAUUAUAGGCCUAUUUUGUGCUAUUUGUACUUUCUUUGCCCUGGGAUUUGCAGUUCAGUUCAUCAACAUGUUCCGCUGGCCGAAGCUCAUACUGCUCGGUCUGGGAGUGGUCACCUUCAUCUUCUGCAUGAUCGCCGUCUCGGAGGUGGGCUUUCCCUAUCGGCCAAAGACCAAUGUGAUGCGAGCCAGCGUCUUGCACACUCGUCGCGUUUUCCACGAGUUCGAUGGGUCAGUGAGUCACAGUGAUUCCGGCUACUACUUCGACUAUCAGGAUAGGAGAGCGUUUAAUCCCCUCAAGGACACCAGCCUGAACCUGACUGGACUGCAGCCUGUAAAGAAUGACUGCGAUAACUACGUGAUGUGUGGCAUUCCCUGCUUCUACUAUAGUUGGUGCCGAUGGCGCCAGUGGGCUGGCUGGUUGCCACGCGAGUCCGAGGUGGAAAUUCCCGGAGAGCUGACCCUCCAGUUUUUAGGAAAGACCAUCCUAGAAUCGGGAACAACAGCUCGAUAUAAUUUCCAGCAGUCUGGACCUCCACACAUGAACGUGUUUAUCCAGCCAGUGGGCGACGCUGUGGUAGAGGACUGGUCCUUCGUGAGGGACAUGUUGGACAAUCCGGCAGAGUUCCAACCGCCUUACCAGGUCUUCUUUUCCUACGGAACAGAUGACACUCCCCUGUCGUUCCACAUCGAUAUGUUUAGGGCCGAUGGGAAGUUCGAUGAGCCCACAUUGGAGCUGGCUUCGGUGGGCCACUAUGUUAGCUACGAAUAUCCUAGGGAUGCAGAGGCCCGCAAAUUUGUAGCCGACUUUCCUGACUACGUGCAUGUCAUGGAAUGGCCUUCGAUAUUUAAGCGAUAUAUAUUUUAAAUCAUUUAUAGCUAUAGGUAGGUCAUUAACAAUUUUACAAUAAACUCCAUCCAUUACCUGCCCUAAUGGGUUCAUAUA